CCUAGCUCAUUUUCCAGUUCAUUCUUCUCAUCUGUCUUUUGCAUGUCCCCCCUCUCUCUUUCCCUCUUAACCUACAAGUAGUACUCCUCCAUAUUUUCCCUCCUUCCAUUUCUCCUCUCCCUCCUCUUUCCUCCCUUCAUUCAGUCCAAUCACUGACCCAAUUAAACAUGGGGAGGGAUGCAGCAGGGGGAGAGUGACGGAGGUAAGGCAAGAAAGAGAGGCAGAGGGAGGACAGGCAGACAGUAGAGAGAGUUUGAGAGUCAGUAGCUAGAAAAGCAGAGAGAAGGAAACAAUUGCCGCCAACCUGCCAGGACACACAUGGUAAAUUGUCCGAACUUCACCUGGAACUUAAACAACCUGUGACAGCCUCGGAGGCGGCGGGGGUGGAGCAGCAAGUCGACAGUGCUGCCACGCACUUACUGUUCUCGAUGAAGAAGCAAGGAGAAUAACAAUCUACCUUCAGUAAAGAAAGCAGGCGGGGAGCUGGGGAGAGUUAGGAUGGCCAAAUACCGGCACAUAGAGGGAGACUGAGAGGAGAGACGGAAGAACCGAAGACGGUGCAUUCCUGGUUGGAGCUGAGGGGGGGAACGUGGUUGCCUCAGGGCAAGACAAACAUUUUUGUUGACAGAAAAAGAGAGAGAGGAAGGGGGAAAGGAUGCAUCUGUUCUUCCAAGACAAGUGGGAGGUGGAGGGGCUGCAGACUGUGGGCAUCCUCCUGGUGGUCUGCAGCUCCCUCAAACUGAUGCACUUUCUGGGGCUUAUCGACCUUUCCACGGCAGGUAAGAGAAAUGACAGCGUGGAAGAUGACUUUGAGUUAUCCACUGUGUGUCAUCGCCCUGAAAGCAUGGACAAGCUGCAGGAGCAGACUAAGUUCACCAAGAAGGAGCUGCAAGUCCUCUACAGGGGCUUCAAAAAUGAGUGUCCAAGUGGUGUGGUGAAUGAGGAGAACUUUAAGACCAUUUACUCCCAGUUCUUUCCGCAGGGAGAUUCAAGUAUGUAUGCACAUUUCCUGUUUGAAGCCUUCGACACUAACAAGAACGGUUCAGUUAGUUUCGAGGACUUUGUAUUUGGCCUGUCUAUCAUCCUGAGAGGGACUGUUAAUGACCGGUUAAACUGGGCGUUCAACCUCUAUGACCUGAACAAGGAUGGAUGCAUUACCAAAGAGGAGAUGUUGGACAUCAUGAAGUCUAUCUAUGACAUGAUGGGGAAGUACACAUACCCCAAUAUGCAGGAUGAUGCUCCAAGAGAACAUGUGGAGAGCUUCUUCCAGAAAAUGGACCGGAAUAAAGACGGGGUGGUCACUAUAGAGGAGUUCAUCGAGUCAUGCAAAAAGGAUGAGAACAUCAUGCAGUCCAUGCAGCUGUUUGACAAUGUCAUCUAAGAAUCUGGACCAGAGAGUAUGCUGGCACCAGGGAGGGGAGUGUGUUUGUAAGAGGAAUCAGGAUUUUGUGAAUGUGUGUGUGUGUGUGGCCGUCUUCUGACUUGCAAGCUUGUGCUUGUGUGUCUGUUGAGAGCUGUGAGUCCUGAGGGCACCGAGAGGCCCUCUUCCUGGACCCCCAGUGACAUUUCUCCAAGCAACAAUGGAGUUUCCCUGACUCCCUUCCUCAUCAUGCAGAACCUUAGUUUUACCCCAGAGACACAGAGAAAGAAGGCAAGCAGUGGGCUCGCAGGCACUGGCACUGGCACACCGAAGACCCCUCACCUGUUUUAUUUGAACUUUUAUUUAUUACUAUUAUUGAUGGAGGAACUAUCUCAGCCUGUAAUGGCUAAACUCAGAGGGAGGAAGUUGCUCCAGAACCUUGAUCUGACUGAGAUUUGGAUUUGUGAAUCUUAUCCUGCCUCUGUGCAUGUGGGUAACACCUCUCUGGAGCCGCUAGCCGUAUUUACUGCUCAUGCCCGGCCAUAAAAAGAGAAAUGAGUCUACUGCCAUCUAGUGGACGAGAGAGAGAGAAAGACACUUCCUGAGGAAACAACUGACGAAUUGGGAGAGCCAAGCGAUCCCGUUUAAUGGAGGUUCAAAUGUGUUGUUUUCCACAGGGAACUGAUUUCAAUAUCGCAUGAUGUCACUAAUAUCCAAUUAUGUAUUUACAGAGAUACUCCAAAGUCUGCUUGUCUGUCUGCUGUUCCUAGUCAUUCACAGGUGCCUCACCCUUUGUGUGUGUGCAUGUGUAACAGAAAGAGAUGUCAUUCAUCUUACCUAUGUAAGACUCUAUUAUGACAACACCCACCUCCAUUCAUGGGAUUCUGGUAGAAUAAUUCCUGGCCUUCCAAACUAUUACAGUCCUAGCUGUAGGUGUCUAUUGACUGUUGUACAUUUUCUAGCAUUCCCAGUGGUGUGAUAUGAGGCAGUACAAUGUGGGGAUUGCAUUAUAGCUGACGAGCUGUUUUGACCAUCCCAGCUUCUCUCAACACAAGACAGGCAUACCACAGUCGUACUAAUCAAUAUACAUUCAAUGGGAAUUUAUUAGAUUGCAAACUGUAUUUGUGAACUUCUUGUAAUCGGAAAUGUCAUGUGGUUGUAGCAGGUUCUACCACUUCAAAGAAAAUCUCGAAACCCUCGUUGCAUUAAAUUAGGCUCAUUCAAUUUCAAAGAGGCAUAAUAUGUGUGUGUGUACUGUUAGUGAGAGAGACAUGGUUUGAUACAUUUUUUAUGCCCCCCCCACCCCUUAUUCCAUACUCUCCCUCUCUCUGUAACACCAAAGAAAAGAUAUAAAUUUAAGAGGUAUAUAAAGCCACUCUAAAUUAAAACAUAAAGCCCACCCGUGGGUGAAGAGAGAGGGAGAUGCUGUGUAGUAAGUAGGGCAAGGGGCAAUCAGAGAUAAAAGGAUGCGAUUUGGUAAACUGGCAAUGUGGUUUACCUGCACACUGUCCAAACCGAAGUGUAGCUUUCAGUUGUAAACCCACGUUAGGCUCUGAUGAAUGAAUUAUUUUAGAAGAAUUUGUAACCACAUAUUAAUUUGCUUCUUUUCAAACUAGAAAUACUCUGAAAUCUAAGCUGGUGUGAGUAAGAGGCACUCAAGCCGUGAUUAAAUAGGCUGUAGUGUCUUUUAAAUGCAGAGACUAACAUGGACUAGCAAUAAUGUUCUCUACCACGUAUCAGCACCUUUGCACUCAUCCAACCUCUCAUUCCUAGAAUUCCCAGAGCACAGUAUAAGGGUGUACUAAGGCCCUGAUGAAAAUAUGCACUUCCAACCUUGCAAUUAGGUUUUUUCUGUUUUAAACCUUUUUUUUUUCAUUUUCUGGAAAAAAAAGUGCUUUGCCUCUGAUUGUUCCUUGCCAACAGUUUUUAACUUCCAUUCCUGACCACAAGUAAAACCUGUCUAUACCCGCAUGUACUGUGUCUAGAACAAUGAAAACCUACUAAACCGUUGUACUGACUGUCUAGUUAGCUAGCCUCAACUGGUUGCAUUAUGUAUUCAGAAUGUGUAUAUUUUGUACAGAGACAAUAAAAAUCACAGUUACUAUGCAAAA